CUAUUUUUUUUUUUUAAUUAACAAUAAUUGUGGCGUGUGUGAUUAAUAACUCAGUCGUGUACUUGGGGUUUUAAUUCAAUAGACUUGGAGAAUUUAAAAGUAGAAAUUUGUGCGACAAGCGUCUUUCAUGUAUUCUGAACCGUGCUUCUAUGACUUAGCUAUUAAUAAAUUAUUGUUCGUGUUUCUAAUGUUGCUUGUGUUGAAUAAUCGAAUGUUAAAUUUAUUUUUAAUAGUCCAAACCUUGUUCUAAAACCGUAUUUUAUUUAGAGCCAUGCUUCUAUACUUAAAGUUUUUGGUACCAUUAACAAUAAUUAUGUAAUUUUUGCAAAUAUUAUUAAUCACACACUCCCUCUGUUGCUUGUUAAUACUUUUCCUGUAAAUUAUAGGUGAUAAUCAGCUUGCUAUAUGCUGACUUUGUUAUAAAUUUGUCGCGUCUGAGGGUCAAUUGUCACUUUUUGACAAUUAUUAUUAAUAUUUAUUGGGUCUUUUUGUGCAAAAUAGAUGUGUUUUAACCUAAACCCUGGGAUUUUAUUUUGUUUUGUUCAAAGUGAUUAAUAUUUAUGGUUUUGGUCAGAAAUACUUUGACGCCAAACUAGGUUAGGUAUAUGUGUCCUCGCCUGGUUCUGAUCAAGCUAUCUCGAUAUAUUUUUGAUUAGACUUUCUUGCCUUUCCCCUAAACUAUGUCUAGCAAUGGGUCCUUGUUAAUCCAUAUGCCUUACGCAAAGUUGUGCAAAUAAAUGUGUGUAAGAAUGGGUUUCAUAUACAAAAAUUUUAGCGUUUCCUCGCUCAGUGGUUAAAAUAUGGUUCUCAAUAGGCGAGUCAACACCCAAGUUAGCUGGUUCGAGUGCAAGAGCCCAGACUUUCUCCUGCGAAAGCCGGAGUCCAAGACUCUACGCAGCAGCCUCGUCAAGGCCCUGGCUCGACUUCUGGCGAUCACAUGCCAGUGCACUCUAGUGCUACUCGUCGACCAGAUUCUGGGUGUUUCGGUUAUUUUGGAGCACGAGCAGUGUCCUAACGGGCCCACCCCUACGUGUGUUCUGUAUUCAAGAGAAAUAGUGCAGUGUUACAAGUGUAAUUUUAGUUAAAUACAGAGUGUCAAGGCGAAUAGUGUCAAUUAGAAUUUGUGUUUUGUUUUUUUUUGUUAGUUCUGAAUUAGACUGUAAAAUGUAGGACUGUGCCUGUUUUUGGAGUCAAGUGUCGGCAAUCAAAAUGUAAUGCAAAAAAAAAAAUUGUUGAAUGAAAAUUGGUGUGAUUCUAUGUGUAAAUGUUUUGGAAGUUACUGUUUUAUGCGUCUCUCUGUGUACUGGUUAGUGAACAAUAAUUUGUGAUAUCAAACUACGGAGGUAUAUUGUAGAUUAUUGGUGUGUGACUUGAAUGCGAUGCCAAUUUUCAAAAUCUUGAUUCUACUCUUUGUGUGUAAUAUCAAAGUACUUGUAAUGAACUUUUAUGUGUAUAUGUUGUGUAGCAGGACUCAUCAAACUGCUUGUGCAUUGAGUGUGUAAAGAAAAUUGCUGGUGUAAGAAAAGAUAUUGUGUAAUAUUA